GUCGUAGAAGCAUAAGCUUUCCACACUAUUUUCCCGGCAAACAAACAGAAAACAAACACUCCCAUUCCUGCAAAAAGGGUUUUACCGGGUAUGGCUCCAGCUAGUUUCCUUUAUAUCUUGCAAUAAUAAACUUAUUCAAUUUGCUUGUGUUCAGAUUUUCUUCAUUCUGCUGUUUUAGUAUAAAAAUCCCGCUACUUGCAAGCGUAUGCUAGCGGCCCACUGGCUUAUUUGGUGGAACUUGGCUUUACGCGUUGUUAUCUGAAUCAUUUUCUAUGUCGCUCUCGAUUUGCUAUGUGGCUAUCAUCAAUUUUUCUCGGCUACCAAACAAAGCCAACCUUUUUGUGGUUCUUCUUGUUUAUUUAUUUUAUUUAUUGUUUAUCAGUUUUAGUUUUGACCGGAAUCAAGGCUAAGAUGGUUAUUUCCUUUUUUUUAGUUUUGUUUCAGAAAAAGCUAUGUUAAACUUUAAAUGGGUUUAGAGUUUCAUUAGGAAAGAUUUAUUCUUUUUAUCCUUUCGAAUUUUUGUUUGUUUGUGUUGCUGAUUUCUCUGUUCUAGUGGAUGGUGAAAUAAAUGUUUAAAUUUUCUAAGGCUUUUUCCAUCUAUAAAUUGGGUUUCUGAAAACUCCAUUGGUUCUGCAUUGAGCUAGACUUUUACUUAAGAGAGAAACAGGUGGAUAUGACACUUUGAUUUUACAUUCUAACUAGAUAAAUAUGAAAUCAGUUUUCUUUUAGUGUAAAUUGGUGAGAUUGGAUUCAGUUCAGUUAUAAGAGCAUUUUGCAUUUUUCUAUCUAUCAGGCUAACAGUAAGCCUUCUCAUUUCUUUUUUCCCUUGGUAAGUUUUCUAUUUGUGUAAGAUUUAUAAUCCUUGUGACUAUGUUUGCUAUCUUAAACUCUUUUUUACUUCUUCUAUUCAAUCUCAAAUCUUGAUGUUAGGUUGAUUUCUUGAGAUUGACCUUCUAGGCCUUAUUCUUAUAGUUUUGAUCAGUUCUCUGUGAGUGGGUGCUGAAAAAGAAGUAGAAUUAUGUUCAUUUUAUGUGGUUUUAUUAUUUCCUUGCAUUAUUAUAAGAUUAUUUCUUUAGUGUUUCUACUGUUUAACCAGCUAAAUCUAGGAUAUUCAGUAUUUGAUUGUACAAUCAUGAACCAUAGAAGAGGAUGUUGUCUUUCUUAUCCAGCUUCUUUGCAUGUUGAAGAUAUUAUUUAGAUUCCACUUGUCUAACUAUAAUGAAUGAAUGUAUUGCAAUUACUAAUUUAUAAAAUUGAGUUUCCUGUUCCAGCUUUAUAUCUUUUUCUUUUCUUAAUGUAUAAGGGCUUCAAAAGAUCGAUUGAAUUAUUGAAGGACCUUGAUCCAAUCAAGCCACUUUUACAUUUAGAAAUGGCUGUUUCGUCUUCAUUGUUUACAUCUGCAUUCCAAGGAAGCAUGUCCCUGUCCUCAAGAAAGACAUGCAAUAAAGAUUUCAUGUUCAAUCAUUCAAGUUUGUCUAAGCAGUCAGGUUACUUGAAAUCAAUAUAUCCAAGAAAUCCAAGGUUUUUACCCAAUGAGAAAUUGACAAAAUUGGAACUAACUAAUAGAUUAUCAGAAAGGAAAGGGGCUUUGUGCUGUGCAUUGGAACUUGAUAAUACACCUUCCUUUUCUGUGGGGAAGAAGUUUCAACUAGAUGAUGUGAUUGAAGCUCAACAAUUUGAUAAAGAAGAUCUCAGUGCUAUAUUCGAAGUUGCACGUCAAAUGGAAUUGAUUGAAAAGAACUCACCAGGAAGCCAAAUUCUUAAAGGAUAUCUAAUGGCUACCCUCUUUUAUGAACCGUCUACUCGGACUAGGCUUUCUUUUGAGUCUGCCAUGAAACGAUUAGGUGGGGAAGUUUUGACAACUGAAAAUGCUCGAGAAUUUUCCUCAGCGGCUAAAGGAGAAACACUUGAAGAUACUAUAAGAACGGUUGAGGGCUACUCAGAUAUAAUUGUUAUGCGGCAUUUUGCGAGUGGUGCUGCAAAAAGAGCUGCUGCUACUGCUGACAUACCUAUUAUUAAUGCAGGAGAUGGUCCUGGACAGCAUCCAACUCAAGCGCUUUUAGAUGUCUAUACAAUUGAAAGAGAGAUAGGAAAAUUGGAUGGCAUUAAAGUUGGGCUUGUUGGGGAUCUUGCGAAUGGAAGGACAGUGCGUUCACUGGCAUACUUGCUUGCCAAGUAUAAAGAUGUGAAGAUCUACUUUGUCUCUCCCGAUGUGGUCAAAAUGAAGGAUGACAUAAAAGAUUAUUUGACAUCAAAGGGAAUUGAAUGGGAAGAAAGUGCUGAUUUGAUGGAAGUGGCUACUGAGUGUGAUGUUGUUUAUCAAACUCGCAUUCAGCGUGAACGAUUUGGAGAGAGAAUUGAUCUUUAUGAAGAAGCUCGAGGCAAGUAUAUUGUGGAUCGUCGUGUAUUGGGGGCGAUGCCAAAACAUGCCGUGGUCAUGCAUCCUCUACCAAGGCUUGAUGAAAUUACUGUAGAUGUUGAUUCAGAUCCAAGAGCUGCUUAUUUCAGACAAGCAAAGAAUGGUCUCUAUAUCAGGAUGGCUCUUUUGAAACUCUUGCUAGUCGGAUGGUGAUGAAUACUUCGUCUUCACUGUCACCUUCACAUUUUGAUAUUUGAUGCCAAGUCAAACAUGGGUUAUUCGAACAAUGUUUGGUUAAAAAAACUGCGAGAAUGAUUAGUUGAAAAUCUGUGCGGGUUACCAAUGAAUUUUGAGUUUCUUUCAACCUCAAUUACUGGUUGAUGAUUUUGGAAAAGAAUUUUACUGAAACCACAAUGUUGAUGAGGAAUAUAACAUAUAGAAUAAAUGAAAGCCCCACUUUGCAUCUUGUUCCACCA